AUGAAAUGGUAUCAAUUAAAUAUUGAAGGAUCACAACCACCAGUUAGAAUAUCACAUUCAAGUACAAUAUUAAUCUCAAAACAAGAUGGUGCAAGUUGUAGUAAUUAUAGUGUAAAUGAUUUGGGUACAAUUGCAUUUUUUGGAGGAGGUAAUCCAAAUAAUUCAAAUGGUUAUACAGAUUUAGCAUUUUUAAGUGUUGGUGGUGGUGUAACUGAUGAAAUUGCAAGACCUCAAAAUACUCAAUCAAUGGGUAAAUUAAAUAAACUUUUAGGUUCAAAUGUGAAUAACAGUGCUGCAAAUGGAAGUACUGUUAAUAAUAAUAAUAAUAAUAAUAAUAAUAAUAAUAAUGGAAAUAAUAUUCCAAAAACUUUAGGAUUUUCUAAAACAACAACAACAACAACCAAUACUACCACAACUACAACAACAUCACCAACAUCAUCAAUUAAUAAUAAUAGUAAUAAUAAUAAUAAUAAUAAUAAUAAUAAUAAUAAUAAUAAUAAUAAUUGUAAUAAUAGCGCACAAAUUAGAAAAACAUAUUCUAAAUUACCACAAUAUACAGGACCAACAAUUUAUCAUUGGGAAAAUUCAACAUGUGAUGGUGAUACUCCUUCAAAUCGUAUUAAUCAUUCAUUAACAGCAUUAAAUGGAAACUAUAAAGGAAAACUAUUAUUAAUUGGUGGUAUCAUUGUUGGUGAUUCUUCAAAUGGCAAUAAUAAUAGUAAUAAUAAUAAUAAUAACAGAGGAGGUAACAGUAAUAGCAAUAGUAAUAUUUGUAUCAAUUUAAGUAAUGAUAUUUAUUUAUUGGAUUAUGAAUCCUUAUUUUGGGUUAAAUGCCAAGCAUCAGGAACUCAACCAAAACCAAGACAUUCUCAUUUUGUUCAUCAAAUUUCAAAUGAUACAAUAUUAUUAUUUGGUGGAAUUGGUGAUAAUGGGCAAAUUUAUUCUGAUGUUCAUUUAUUAAAUUUAUCAAAUCAAAAUACAUUAAAAUGGACACAACCAAAUGUAUUUGGAACAAUUUUUAAUUUAAAAGAUAAAGAUUAUAAAGUUUGUUUUAGUAAUGGAAUUUUAUGGAUAAUUAUAUCGGAAUGUAUGGAAAUGUAUAAAAUGGAUAUUAAUACAUUCCGUUGGAGUCCAGUUAUUUACAAUGGUAAUUUCCCACAUGGCGGUUUUUUGAGUGAAUAUACUUUGAUUGGUGGCUGUUUUGGAAAUAUCAUUUUAUUAUUAGUAGAGAAUGAAAUAUUCUUUUUUGAUACUGUCACUUUGGAAUGGGGUGAAUUAGAAGUUGAUGGUGGUGAAAGACCAAUGAAAAGAAAAUAUCACUCUAUCUCUGUAAUUGAUACAAUGUUAAUUGUAGUUGGUGGCCAAACUGAAUUACCAUUAUCAACAAUUUCAACUAGAGAUAUUGAAAUGAUUGAUCUUAGACCAUUAUUCAUUAAAAAGAAAAUUAUAAAAUAA